AUAGAACCAAAACAGUUCCAUAUAUAACACAACGAUUUUUUACUGAGCGAUUACAAAAUCUAUCUUUAGGUGUUUAUUGCUAGAUUUGAUGUCCGAGGGGUAUUCGUCACAUCUGGCAACCCCCAGCUAGGCUCAAUCUGUGUCAAUUGCCGACCGAAGUAAAAGAAAGGCCCGCGCAUCUCGCUCGCACGGUGGCGUUUUCAACGUGCAUGGAAGCCCUAACUUGACCAUCAAUUGGAUUAAUUAUCUUUUUUUAAAUCACCGUUGUCGUUUACGGCCUAGCGCUGAUGCGUCUUUUAACGGCGUCAUGACAGGUGUUUAAAAAGGUGGCGAUAUCUGGUCUCUCCACGCAGAAGAUGCCCAAGCAAGGCUUUUGUCUCGGCUAUCGUCCUGUUUAAACGGCGAGUUUGUUUUCAAAGGGAACCACGCGACUGCAACGGAAGCCAGAAUGAAGUGCAGAAUAAUCCCAAAUCAUUAGUCAUAAUUAAUCCUCGUGCUAAUUGGCGAAGGGGCUGCAGCGCACUGUGACGUUCCGCAGGAAAUAAACAGAUCGAGGUUCAAGAUACGACCGGGAAGCGGAUUUAACAUUUAAAAGAUGGUGUUCCGGAGUGAGGAGAUGUGCUUGGCCCAGCUGUUCCUGCAGUCUGGGUCGGAAUACGACUGCAUCAGUGAACUCGGCGAACUGGGCUUGGUCGAGUUUCGAGAUCUCAAUCCAAGUGUCAGCUCAUUCCAGCGCCGCUUUGUCAGCGAGAUCAAGAGAUGCGAGGAGAUGGAGAGGAUUCUAGGUUACCUUCUGAGAGAGAUCCAGAAGUCUCAUAUCGCUAUUCCUGAGGAAGAUGAGAGUCCACUUGCUCCUCCGCCAAGACAAGUGCUGGAGAUCAUGGAGCAACUCCAGAGGCUGGAGAUGGAGCUCAGCGAGGUGGCGAGGAACAAAGAGAAGCUGCAGAGGAACCUCCUGGAGCUCAUCGAGUACACGCACAUGCUGAAGAUCACGCGCACCUUCAUACACAGUCGCUCAAGACAUGAGGCUCUUGGUCCCCAGUAUGAAGAGUUCCCCACCAUGGAGACGGACUCGGUGACCGGGUGCACCGGUAUGCAAAGACUCGGAGCCAAGCUUGGAUUUAUCUCCGGUCUCAUCCAGCGGGUCAAAGUUGAGGCCUUUGAGCGAAUGUUGUGGAGGGUGUGUAAGGGCUACACCAUCCUCAGCUACACGGAAGUGGACGAGAACCUAGCCGAUCUUGAUACGGGUGAGAUAAGCAAGAAUGUGGUCUUCUUAAUCUCAUUCUGGGGAGACCAGAUUGGGCAGAAAGUUCAGAAAAUCUGCGAUUGUUACCACUGCCAUCUUUAUCCUCACCCCGAAAAUGACGAGGAGCGGGCGGACAUGUUGGAUAGCUUAAGGACACGCAUCCAAGACCUCAACAAUGUUCUUCAUCGCACCGAGGACUACCUGAAGCAGGUCCUGCAGAAGGCCUCGGAGUCGGCGUACAGUUGGGUCGUGCAGGUGAAAAAGAUGAAGGCCAUCUACCACAUCCUCAACCUCUGCAGCUUUGACGUCACCAACAAAUGUUUGAUCGCUGAAGUGUGGUGUCCUGUCAGUGACCUGGCCAACCUGCGGAGGGCGCUAGAAGACGGUUCGAGAAAAGGUGACGCAACUGUUCCAUCGUUUGUGAACCGUAUCCCGAGUGCUGACACCCCUCCCACUCUGGUCAGAACCAACAAGUUCACAUCAGGGUUUCAGAGCAUCGUGGAGGCCUACGGGGUGGGGGAUUAUCGCGAGGUGAGCCCAGCACCUUACACCAUCAUCACCUUCCCCUUCCUGUUCGCCGUCAUGUUCGGGGACCUGGGCCACGGCAUGGUCAUGAGCCUCUUUGCGUUCUGGAUGGUGCUGACGGAAAAGAAGCAGACGAGGAAACGCUCCAGUAACAAGAUAUGGACCACCUUCUUCAACGGGCGUUACAUCAUCCUCAUGAUGGGGCUCUUCUCCAUCUACACCGGCCUCAUUUACAACGACUGCUUCUCCAAAUCGCUCAACAUUUUCGGCUCGGGUUGGAGCGUCAAGGCCAUGUUCACCAGUCAGCGCUGGACGAACAAAACUCUUCAAACAAAUGCUUUGCUCACGUUAGACCCCAACGUCAGCGGAGUGUUCGCCGGACCAUACCCCUUCGGCAUCGAUCCUAUAUGGAGCAUGGCGGUCAACCGGCUGUCCUUCCUCAACUCGUACAAGAUGAAGAUGUCGGUGGUCAUCGGUGUCAUCCACAUGAGCUUCGGUGUGGUUCUCAGUGUCUUCAAUCACUUGCACUUCCAACAGAAAUACGACGUUUAUCUUCUCUUUCUUCCCGAGCUGCUCUUCCUGCUCUGUCUCUUCGGCUAUCUGGUCUUCAUGAUUCUUUACAAGUGGCUAGCCUUCAGCGUGCGGGACUCCAGCCACGCUCCCAGCAUCCUCAUCCACUUCAUUAACAUGUUCGUCAUGCAGGGAAAGGACAUCACUCCUCUGUAUCCGGGACAGACUGGUCUACAAAUGUUCCUUCUCGUGAUCGCCCUGCUGUGUGCUCCCGUCUUGCUUUUAGGAAAGCCUGUUUUCAUGUACUGGAUGCAUCGUGGAGGCAAAGGCCUGCGCAGGCGCAGAGGCUAUGAGAGGGUGAGGCGUGCUAGCGAGGAUGACAGUUCAGCAGCGCCGUCCUAUGAGGAUGACGAGGAAGAGGGGCUCGAUGAGAUGACCCACAGAGACGCUCAGACGGCCAAAGAGUUUGACUUUGCGGACGUGCUCCUGCACCAGGCCAUCCACACCAUCGAGUACUGCCUGGGCUGCAUCUCCAACACGGCGUCCUAUCUGCGACUCUGGGCUCUCAGCUUGGCACAUGCGCAGCUGUCAGAGGUGCUGUGGGACAUGGUGAUGCGCCUCGGCCUCAAGAUCACAACGAGAGUCGGGGUGGUGUUUUUAGUGCCCACGUUUGGCGCCUUUGCGCUUCUCACCGUGUCCAUCCUGCUGGUCAUGGAAGGUUUGUCGGCGUUCCUCCACGCUCUCCGCCUCCACUGGGUGGAGUUUCAGAACAAAUUCUACCACGGCACAGGCAUCAAGUUUGUACCUUUUGACUUCUCCCUCUUGCCAUCGGUUUUUGAGCAAGACGGCCUCCUGUAAAGCGUCAAAUACCGGCAGACGCCAAGGCCUUUUAACUGGGAAGUAUGCUGCAUACUGGGAACAAUUCUCACUGUGAAGCCUGAAGACGAUGAGAAGUCACUCUUGUAGCAAACAAACCUCUCUGUGUGCACAUCUGUUGAUGAUUCAAAACUGCGGUUCAAGGCAAACGGGUGAGUUAAGAACUGGCACUGUGCUACAUAAACUAGCUACACUGUAUCAGAACCAACUGCCACACAGCACAAUAUAAAGUUAGCAUAGCAUCCUGACAUAGUGCCAUAAAGGUUGACUUCUCAAAUAGCAAAAAGCACUUUUCAGAAAUGAUUGUAUAAAGGGUCUCCUUGUUUAUGAUUGUGAUGAUGCCAAAAUUCCUAGAAUUAUUUAGCUGUUUGCUUAUUAUUACUAUGGUCGUUCAUUUAUUUAAGUGUAACUCUGCCCCUGUAAUCUGCAGACCCAUAGCUGCCACUGCUUAUUGUGUUUGUUAUGAUUAAUCAUGCUAUUUAUUUUUUAAAAACAACUCUCUGUACAAGAGUCCAAUAUUUGACCAUUUUGAUGUGUUGAAUAAAGCCUUCGCAAGCAAA